ACCUCAUUUCUUUUUAAUAUUAUCAUAUACAAAGAGGUAUCAAAGUUCUCUCUUUUGUUCUGUUUUCUUUGACUUAGGGAGAAAGGAGAAGAAGAUGGACGCAACAUACGAUCGUACUAGUGAGGUCAAAGCUUUCGACGAGACCAAGAUCGGCGUAAAGGGUCUCGUCGAUGCCGGAUUUGCUCAUAUCCCACGUAUCUUCCAUCACCCUCAUCUCAAUCUAACCGACUCGAAUCCACUUCUUUCGUCGACAACGAUGGUUAUCCCAACGAUCGAUCUCAAAGGAGGCGUGUUCGAGUCCACUGUCACGCGAAAGAGCGUAACCGCGAUGAUCAAAGAAGCGGUUGAGAGAUACGGGUUCUUUCAGGUGAUUAACCAUGGGGUUUCACUUGAUGUUUUGGAGAAGAUGAAAGAUGGGAUUCGUGGGUUUCAUGAGCAAGACUCAGACGUGAGGAGAAAGUUUUAUACUCGUGAUGUAACCAAGAAGGUUAAGUAUAACAGUAAUUUCGAUCUUUAUAGCUCUCCUUCAGCGAAUUGGAGAGAUACCUUGAGUUGUUUUAUGUCCCCUGAUGUUCCAAAAACAGAGGACUUACCAGAGAUUUGUGGGGAAAUAAUGUUGGAGUAUUCGAAAAGAGUGAUGGAACUAGGGGAACUAAUCUUUGAGCUUUUAUCAGAAGCUUUAGGGCUGAAUCCUAACCAUUUAAAAGAAAUGGAUUGCACAAAAGGUUUAUUGAUGCUUUCUCAUUACUACCCGCCUUGUCCUGAGCCUGAUCUAACUUUCGGCACAAGUCAGCAUUCAGACAGAUCAUUUCUCACUAUUCUUCUUCAAGAUCACAUUGGUGGGCUUCAAGUUCUUCAAGAUGGUUAUUGGGUUGAUGUUCCUCCUGUUCCAGGAGCUCUUCUUGUUAACCUUGGAGAUCUUUUACAGCUUAUAACGAAUGACAAGUUUGUGAGCGUGGAGCAUAGAGUUUUGGCUAAUAAAGGUGAAGAGCCGCGGAUCUCAGUCGCAUCUUUCUUUGUGCAUCCUUUACCGAGUUUACGAGUUUAUGGACCGAUAAAAGAGCUUUUGUCAGAGCAAAACCUACCCAAGUAUAGAGACACCACCGUCACUGAGUACACAAGUCAUUACAUGGCAAGAGGACUCGACGGGAACUCUGUGUUGCUUGAUUUCAAGAUCUGAUCUUUUGGACUUUAAAUACUUUCAAAAUGAUUUUAAUUCUUCUUCUCCAACAUCGUGAAAUCUAGGUGGGAACUUUUUUAAAUGGUGUUUUAUGUAAUUUUAUCGAGAGAAGAGUUUUAUACGUAAGAUUAGACUUUACAUUUUUUUGUUUAGCCAAAUCUUGGUUGAUUGAAUGAAAGCUUAAUCGUUUUAAUAAAAUUGGAGAUUAAAAAUAAUAA